AAUAAUAAAAGUUCGUAACUUUGUAAACGACAAUCGGUGGUUUCUGCACCUCAAAUUUUCAUGGUUACAUAUCAUUCACAUUCAGCAGAUCGCUUCGGUUGAACCAGAAGCUUUGUGGAGGUCGUCAUCUUCAUCCACUUUCAGAAUCAGAAUGACAAUUAAUGGAGGUCUCUAUCCAUAAGAUGACCUGAAUUCACAAUCCACACCUUCCUCUGUCUCCUCUGUCCACUGGGAUCUACAGUGGACGGGGGCUACUUUCUUCAAUUCUAUCCACUAUCCACGAGCUCAUGGAUUCCACUCUACUGGGUCCCAUUACGACAUCGUUGAGUAUUUUUCCAUGGAGCCAGGGAAUGAAGUUGAAGCAACAUGAAGAGACUUCAAAUUUGUUUCUGAAAGCUGAUAGGUGUAUGCAGUUAAAGCAAAAGAUCCGGUUAAGUUCAGGGACUUCAUCCAGAUGCGGAUCAAAAUUUAAGCUUAUGAGAAGAAUAUCAGCCUUCAAAAGCAGUGUGCCAAAUGGUGAAUCAGGAGAUGAAGAAAUUUUUUUUGGAGUUCCAAAGGACACUAAAGAGGAUGGUGAUGUUUCUUUGAACGCAGAUAACAUUCGGCUAUCUUAUACAUCUGGAAUAGUUAAUGGGAUUGCACCACCCCCUUCUAUUAAUGAAGUAUUCAGGAAAUGCCUGAAAAUGUUGCAUACUGGACAACCAAGUGAAGAAGUGGAUGGGAUUUUGGGAGGGAUGUCAUUGAGGGAAUCAUCAGCAACUCCACAAGAGUCGCAUGUAGAAGCAGUUUGGUUCUACCUUCUCAACCUGGAUCCGAUGAUUAAAAUUCCUCUGCUGAUGUUCAUUCCUUUGUAUCUGACAAUCAAAAUCUUUUAUGGAGCUCAAGUUUCAAAAGAACUGAUGCCUUUAUGGGUAUUUGGGCCAUUCAUUGUAGCUUUCUACAUAAAGAUGUUUCACUGGUUGUGUGAUCUCUCUAUCUUGAGCUUCAAGCAAACUGCUACUUUGAUGAAAAACUUGCCCUGUUAUUACGAGGUAGUCUGUGGAUAUGUUUCCCAAGGGAGGAUACUUAAAGAGGAGGUACAAGCUCGGGUUUGGCGACCUGUAGUGAACAUUAGGAGCCUCCAUUACAAAGAGUUGUCAAGAAGAAAGUUCAUUUUUAUGCAAGAAUGGAUUAUGGAGAGGUACCUCGAUUUUAUAGAAUCUGUGUGGCCAUAUUAUUACAGAGCAAUCAGGUUCCUAAAGAGAGCUAAUCUCGUUUAGAUGUAAUUUGAUGGAAAACCGUCAUUUAAAGGGAACCGGAGUUUGCUAAGCUAAGAUCUUCAGAGGUGGACGUUUUUAAAACCAAUCAACCACUCGUCUUUUCGUGCCGACUUCGUCCUUCAGCUUGAGGUAGUUAAUGUAAUCAGAGCUGUUAAUUUCUGUGAUUCUUGCAAGGCUGCAUCUUUAGUUCCAAAUUUCUCAAAGAAAUCUCUGUUUGUAUCAAUUUCAUAACCAUUUUUGGCAGGCGUUCUGUAGUCUUAUGAUGAGAUGGAGGCAUCCUCAAUUCAUAAAUGGGGUUUAGAUUAGUUCAUUUUUGUUCUCCUCUCUAAUAGGUUUCUAGGAAUUUUUGAGCCGCAUGCUCCAUAAAUCUAAUUUGACUCUCCUUGAAAGUUGAAACUUU